AUGUCGUCUUUACGCAAUGCUUUUGACGAAUGGUCUUACAAAAAAGCAGCAACAAUACUCACCUAUUACAACUAUCAUCCUGUACCUGUUCCAUUAAACAUCAUCUCUCUUACUUUUCUCCUGAUGCGGUAUUUAUAUAAGAAGAUUCGUUGCAGAAGCUCCACCGUCAAUAUUGUCGAAGACCCUGAAAAGGGGGGAGUGCAACAUAGAAGAAGUGCACAGGAAAAUGACGAAAAGUUUAAGAAAAUGAUCAUUGAACUAGAGUCUAUACACUACACCGUCCAUGGCGACGACUUCCCCAUUAAAACUGGGGACCGACUGGACCAUGUUGUAAAGCAGACGGAUGGAAACAGUCAUCUCAUUGGACACAUCGCAGAACGGUUAUUCACUCAUGGUCCCAACAGGAAAGAAGGCGCUGGAUCAGAUAGUAGGCAGAAAUGGGAUGUCAAAGGAAUUCAUAUUCUGGGCAACCGCUUGUCAUACGACUCGCGUGACCGUCAUCGAUGUACUAUUGGUGAUUAUGAAGAAUAUCACGGGGCGAGGUAUCUUGCACCUUUAUCUCCAGAAAUGCCUGGCUUUGAGAUACUAAUUGAAGAGGACAGCAGCAUCAAUCAUCGUUUAAUACUGGGAGUUGUAGACGAGGUCUUUGACCUUAAUAAAAUACCUGAAAUGGAGGGAAACACUGUGGUGUACUAUACACAAAAGGAACAAAGCUUCUGGCCAAACAUCGAUCACCUCCCAGAAAUGGCUGACAGAGGAGAUCUUCUUGGCUGUGAAAUACUCUACGGAAGAGAAAGCAACGGCAAUCUUCCCGUCCUGUUCACACUGAAUGGAAGAGUGAUUUGGGAAGGGACCAUAGAAAACGGCAAUCCAAGUACAGGAAGGUUUUACGCAUUCGUUGGCAUUGGAUCAAAGGAACUUAGCGUAAGGUUCAAGCUACUCUACUUGCAACAAGAGUCUCAUGGAGUGGACCAAUCGUCAAUAUCGCUAAAACAAGUUCUGGACCAACUUAGGGAACUCGUAAAGCAAGAAGUACAAGGCUAUCGUUCAGAAAUGCAAAACAAUGCAGAAAAAAACGUUUGAAAAACACUGCGAUUGAUGAUUUGUUUUGUGUUAAAAGCCGAUCGCGAGGGUUUUUUCUUUAUCUAGCUUCUGACGUAUUGAUUUUUGCGUGUUUUAAUCGCUAGUUUUUCAUUUGGACAUCACAGGCAUCCCAGCCAUUUUUUAGACAAAUUUGAUAGGAAAUAUAGGCUGUGCAAGUUCUAAAUAUAGGAAAAUAUAGAAUUUUUUCCCAAAAAUAUAUGCACUUUAUAGGAGCUAAAAUAGCUUUUCAGUGG